GGACGCCAUGGGGGCUGUGAGAGGUGUUGUUGGGGUUGAACGGAGGACUGACACACUCUUUUGAGAGGCAACUUGGUUGAUUGAGUGAUAGCGCUCCAACCAGUUAACCUCCUGAUGGAUUUUAGAGGGAAUCCCUACCCAGAAGCCUCGGACACUUCUGAGGAAUAGACACAAACCCGUCUCUCUCUCUCACACACACACACACACACACACAAACACAACGGUGUGAGAGGAGAUUGUGUUGGAGGAACAUGGAAGCACUGAGAGAGUCUUUUCUGCAUUUGACUUUUCAGAUGUCAACGUACAAGAGAGCCACGCUGGACGAGGAGGACCUGGUGGACUCCACCGGUGACGACGUCUACCCAUCAAGACCCAUGCAGGUGACUCUUCUGCACGGCCGCGGUCCAACAUGUUGGCCAGACCGGACUCAGAGAGAGAGGAGGCUGCUGUUUUUAGUGUGUGUCGUGUCCUUGGGCCUGUUUAUUUCUCUCAUCGCAACUGGGGCCCUCUACCAACAGACUCACCCGGGCCUGUGCCUUAACGAGCCGUGCAUUACCGUGGCCGGUGCGGUCAUAGGAGCCCUGGACCGAUCCGUCGACCCCUGCCAUGAUUUCUACAACUUUGCCUGUGGGGGCUGGGUGAAGAGCAACCCGCUCCCAGAGGGGAAGUCCCGCUGGGGACCUUUCAGCAACCUGUGGGAGAACAACAUGCUCGUAAUGAAACAUUUAUUAGAAAACACAACGAUGAAAGGUCUGAGCAUGGCUGAGAAAAAGGCCCAGCGAUACUAUCAGGCCUGCAUGAACGAGGCUAAGAUUGAAGCGUUAGGAGCUAAGCCACUGCAGGAGCUUAUCAGCCAGAUAGGAGGAUGGGCUCUGACAGAACCCUGGGACAAGAAAAACUUCCAGGAAGUGUUGCGUAUGGUGUCGGCCAACUAUCGCACCUCACCUUUCUUCACCGUGUUUGUCAGCACCGACUCCAAAAACUCCAACAGCAACAUCAUCCAGGUGGAUCAGUCCAGUUUAGGACUACCUUCACGGGAUUACUACCUCAACAAAACGGCAAAUGAAAAGUAUCUGACGGCAUACCUCAACUUCCUGGUGGAGUUGGGGGUUCUCCUGGGAGGCUCCGAGGAGACGUCCCGGACGCUGAUGGAGGAGAUCGUGGACUUUGAAACCAGCCUGGCCAACAUCACCGUCCCUCAGGAGGAGAGAAGAGACGAGGAGCUCAUCUACAACAAGAUGGAGGCCAAGGAUCUGACAACUCUGGUCCCUGCAGUGGACUGGAUGCCGUAUCUCACAGAAGUGUUUGCUCCUGUGCCGCUCAAUGAGUCAGAGCCGGUGGUUGUUUAUGCCAAAGAAUACCUCCAGCAAGUUUCAGACCUCAUAACCAAAACAAAUAAAAGCCUUCUCAACAACUACAUGAUAAUGAAGGUGGUGAGGAAGAUGGGGUCCAUUUUGGACCAAAGGUUCCAGGACGCAGAGCAGCGCUUCCUCGAGGUCAUGUACGGAACAAAGAAGAGCUGCACUCCGCGCUGGAAGCUGUGCGUCAGCGACACGGACAGCGCCCUGGGCUUCGCUCUGGGAGCCAUGUUUGUCAAAGCCACCUUCGCCGAGGACAGCAAGGCCAUUGCUGAAGACAUGGUUGGGGAGAUUAAAUGGGCGUUUGAGGACAGCCUGAAGUACGUGAGCUGGAUGGACUCGGAGACAAAAAGAGCAGCAAAAGAAAAGGCAGAUGCGAUAUACAACAUGGUCGGAUAUCCAGAGUUCAUCAUGAACGGCUCAAAGCUGGACAAAGUGUUCAAUGAUUUCGAGGUGGUGUCGGAGCUUUACUUCCAGAACGUCAUGCAGUACUACAACUUCUCAGCCAGAGUGACUGCAGACCAGCUGAGGAAAACUCCCAACAGAAACCAGUGGAGCAUGACACCUCCAACGGUGAACGCAUAUUACAACCCAACCAAGAAUGAGAUGGUUCUGCCUGCAGGGAUUCUUCAGGCUCCGUUUUACAGUCGUUCGUGGCCUAAAGCUCUUAACUUUGGUGGAAUCGGAGUCGUCAUGGGACAUGAACUGACUCAUGCUUUUGAUGACCAAGGGAGGGAAUACGACAAGGAUGGAAACCUGCGUCCCUGGUGGAAGAACUCCUCAGUGGAGGCGUUUAAGAAGCAGACGCAGUGCAUGGUGGAGCAGUACGGAAACUACAGCAUCAACCAGGAGCCCCUGAACGGGAAACACACCCUGGGAGAGAACAUCGCCGACAACGGGGGACUCAAGGCCGCCUACAAGGCUUAUGUGAACUGGAUCAAAAAGAACGGAGAGGAGGCCACGCUACCUGCCCUGGGAAUGACGAACCAUCAGCUGUUUUUUGUAGGAUUUGCACAGGUUUGGUGCUCUGUCAGGACUCCCGAAAGCUCACACGAGGGCGUCAUCACAGAUCCUCACAGUCCGUCAAGGUUUCGAGUCAUCGGCACCAUCUCCAAUUCACAAGAAUUCUCGAAGCACUUUGGCUGCAAAGCAGACGCUCCCAUGAACCCUAAGCACAAGUGUGAGCUUUGGUGAUGCCUCGUCGCUGCUGUUAAUCAGCCAGGAGUGAAAUGGACGUUUGGGAGAACACACAUUGACAAAGUCUCUCUAGAGGGGACAACACAAGAACCACUGAAACUCUUACUGCCUUGCCACUGCUUUCAGGACAGAAUGUGCCUGCUCCGUGUGGAGGAUUGCAAACUUCAGUGCUUCUUCACAAGGAUUGUUGGUUUAGCACACUGCUUGGCCCAACUUCUGAAGUUAAAUGUAGAUAUGAAUGCGCACUGGAAACGCAGCAAAUUGAUACAGAAAAUGGGAGAACCACUCAGAUUUUGUGAACUGCUUGUAUGUCAUAAAGUGAUAGAUAUUUUUUAUUUUUUCUUGUAACUCUUCACUGUGCUUGGAUAUGCUCCCAUUUAUUUGGAUUUUAUUUUUUAACCUGAUGGAAAAUUGAUAUGGACAGUUUUUAUAAUCUGCUAAUGAAGAAUGGUAUAAAUGUGUUUCAAUACUUAAGCAUCUGUCUGACCUUGAACAAUAUUUCAGAAACACUUUGCGUACCAUUUGGUCAAACUGUUUCGUUUUGUUGAGAUAUUGACGUGAUAUCUGCUGCCGUUUCAUUUUUGUAAUGGAAAUGGAAUGCAAAUCAUAAACAUAAUGUAGGAAUUAGGACAUUCACAGCAAUAAAUCAAAGCAUCAAAUGUUUUUUCAACCAGAACUUGGUCAUGUAGGCCAAGCUAUGAUGUGCCAUACCUGUUUUUAUGAGUAAAAUUAUUAUUUUGUAUAGUAAAACCAGUCUUAAAACAU